UUCUCGGAUGUUUUGGGAACACCAGUCCUUAGAACUCAACAAGAGCAUCAGUAAAAAACAGCAUGGACUGACAUUGCUGAACGUGGUGAGUCACAAGGUUCCAACCGUGUCGGCCAAGUUCCAGGAGUCACUGGAGGAGCUGCUGGAGGAAAUAUCCAAGUGUAACCCAUUAUUUGUUAGAUGUGUGAAGCCAAACACAUCCAAGGCUGCACUGAUGUUUGAUACAUCCAUCGUGUUGGAGCAGCUAAGGAACCUUGGCAUAUUGGACACCAUCCGCAUCCGCAAAAAAGGCUUCCCCGUUCGAAUUCCAUUCAAGCAGUUUGCUGACAGAUACAAGUUCAUGAUUGGUGAGCUGAGCCCAGACUCAGAUCCCAGAGGGGUGUGCAUCAUGAUUCUGGGCAAGUUGGGAAGCCACUUUGCUGACCAGUUUCAGCUGGGUCAGUCUAAGGUGUUCCUGCGGGAGGUUGUGGAGCAUCACCUGGAGACUGAGCGCAGUCGGAUUCUCAACCAGGCAGCAACUCAGGUACAGAGAGUCUUUCGUGGUCAUAUGGCAGUACAGGCCUUCAGCAGGAUGAAAUCUGCAAUUGUCACCAUCCAAGCAGGAAUUCGCAUGGCAAAAGUCAGAGAAACAUUUCUGGAGCUGAGGAGAGCAGUGGUGCUGGUACAGGCUACAUGGAAGAUGAUCUUACAGAGAAGGCGAUACAUCAAGCUUCAUGAAGAGGCUCAAAAGCAAGCAGAACUGAAUCGGCUGGCACAGGAAAAAGCUGACAGACUUGCAAUGGCCCAACAAGCUCGUGAAGUUACAGACUUCAGUCAUAUGGAAAUUCCUGCAGAACUUUCCUACAUCUUUGACAGUAUCAAAUCAUGGCACCCUCAGCACACGGACAGAAAUGUUGUGAAAGUGUUCAGCCAUGUUGCAGAGCAACCAGGCAAAUUUUCUCUCCCGGCUGAUGUGGACUGGCAUCAACUUUCCAAGUACAUCAGCAUAUAUCUCAAGGUAGAGAAAUGGGGAGUGACAAAGAAGCCAAUCUCUGCCCCCUUCCAUAGGAUGAAUAAUGAUGAUGCACACCAGGCCAUUGCCGUAUUCAAGAUGAUUCUCAGGUUCAUGGGGGACACCAGGCUGACUGAGGAGAAGGAGAGACUGCUGGGAAACUACAUCGUUCAGAUGGGUCUAAAAAAUGAAGCUGUGCGGGAUGAGAUUUUGUGCCAGCUGUGCAGUCAGACGUGGGGUGAUGGCCUUGUCAGCUUGAACUAUGAGCGUGGUUGGAUUCUGCUGACAAACUGUCUGUCAUCAUGGUUCCCCUCUCCUACACUCUACAAAUAUCUUCUCAACCAUGUGUCCAACAGUAUGUAUAAUGGCUACAACACCCACUGUCAGCACAAGAUGUUGCAUUCUCCAGCGAUGGAUGAGGGGCUGCCACGUACCUACCCUCCAUGUAUUUUGGAAUGGAAGACAAACAGGAAACUAGCUAACAUGGCCUUGGAGACUAGGUUUCAUGAUGGAGUCAGUCCUAACACCGACUCCGUGUUGUAA